GAGGAGAUCGACGCGGGCGCGGGGAUCGUGACGGUCAAGCAUAUACCUGGGGAAGGGGCGGAAGCGGCGACGAUGGGCCGCGUAGACGGAGAGAGGAUGCGGGGGACGAUUAGUCGCGGGACGGGGAAGGAGCGCGGAAGGGGGAGGGUGGUGACGAGUAUUUUCCAGGGGGUGGAUGCGGAUGGGCAGGGCCUGACGAGGGAAGGGAGUGGCGGGAGCGAGGAAAGCGUGCCCGCGCCGGCCGAGUUAGAGAAGGAUACCGCUGUUCUGGAGCCCUUUGAGCCGAAGUCUAGGGACGCUGAGGUGCAGUCCCCGCUGGUGGCGACUACUGAAGCGCAAGUGCAGUCCGAGGCUGCGUCCAGUUUGGAUGCAGCGGUGCAGUCUCCUGUCGUCCUCACCGCCGACGUCGAGGUGCAGUCGCCGAUCGUCCAGACAGCGGAAGCGGAGGUCCAAUCACCCGUGGUGCGUACGGUCGAUGUCCAGGUCCAGUCUCAGGGAUCUCCGGAGGAUCACGAUAACACGGAGGCUGUCAUACAGGAGCUGGAGAAGAAGCUCGAGGAGAGCAAGGCUGUCAUUGAGCAGUUCAAGAAGAGGCUGGAGGGCGUUGAGAAAGGUAUCGAGGAGAUGGAGAAGACAGAGGCUCCAGUGAUACACGCUGCAUCGAAACCUCCUGUGACUGUCCCUGACACCACGGUCGCGCGUCGCCCGAAGUCAAGAGUGGGCGUGGCGACGUGCCUCGUGAACCGGCUCUUCAGAGUAAUUGGCCUGUCCUCUCCUGCUGUCAAUGCGGAAGGGAGGAGGGAGCAGGAGAUGGAUGUAGGAGACUUGCCUUCGUAUGUGUUCCUUGUGGGGCUUGGUGUUUGCGCGGUUGUCUUGAAGACGUUGGUGAGGAGGAUGAAGAGGGGGGUCCGGUGACCCUCUUUUCCUCGUCAUUGGCUCUGGUUGAUUAUCUUCCGGCAUAUACGCUCCUUGUCUUGUUCAUGCCCUGCUCUGUGCGACCUCCAUCCCUCUUCCCCGGGCUGUUGUCUUUCUCUCAAUUUUGUUCGUUAUUUAUCCGUUUUCCUGGCAUCUCUUUCAUCUAUGUUGCUCCCAUCUAUCAUAUAUGUCACGACCUGUCAUGACCUUACGAUACUAAUGACUUCUUUGAUUCUACUACUGCCUUGUACACGUUACGAGUCUGCAUCUAUAGGCAUUUGACAAUC